CACCAGCCACCACCACCACACCGAGCGCCCCCCGAUGCCCGCCUCCCCGUCGCACCCCUCGCCGGCGCCGGCGACGCCCUCCUCCGCCGUGGCCACGCCCCGGCGGCGCCGGCGCCUCCUCCCGUCCAAGCCCAACCACCACCCGCCGCCGUCCCUGGCGCCGGGCUCCCCGUUCUCCUUCUUCCCGCCGUCGUCGCCGUCGCCGUUCCACCGGUUCCUCCCCUCCCCGCUGCGCGCCUCCGCCGUGCCCUUCUCGUGGGAGCACCGCCCGGGCAUCCCCAAGACGCCCGCCCGGGCCCGCUCGUCGUCGUCGUCGUCCUCCUCCAAGAGCAAGGCGCUCCCACUCCCGCCGUCGCUGCUCGCCAGGUCCUGCGCCGGCGGCUCCGACCCCUACGCCUCCGUCGUCCCCGCCGAGUACGCCGCUGCCGCCGCGGCGAUGGACCCGCACCCGCAGCCGGACCGCGCGGGGCGCCUGGGGUGGAGGGUGCGCCGGGGCCGGCGGCGGUCCCCGCGGCUGGGCGACGCCCUCGCCGAGUGGCUGUCCAUGCUCAGCCUCUACCGCUCCUGCAAGCGCGCCGCCGCCUGCUUCGCCGCCAAGGCCAAGUCGCCGGCCGCCUGACAAACCCCGACCUCCGAGAGAUAAGUCCCCCCCGGGAAUCUGCUGCUGCCACGCCCGCCAUGACAUCUCCGAACUCCGAUGAUCUCUCCCGGUCCGUUCACGCGUGCGCUAGCUGUGUUGAACAGUUGAACUGUUGAUAGCAAGUAGUGUGAUGGGUUUGGAUUUGCGACGAUGGUUCGCUGUAAAUUAGUGAUCGAUCAGGAGGAGGCCGUGCAUACUAGUAGUAGCAGUAUACUAUAUGAUUCCAUUCGAUACAUGUGCGUAACUGUUAAUUAGUGCUGCUCCAAUAAAUCGGCAGGCAUUUAGUUGCAUGCAGUCGAUGGAAUGCUGGUGGUGUUGGUGUGCUUUAGUAAGCAUUCAUCAUUAAUUAUUGGGUUUGCGUUCAAAGUUUACAGCUGAGAACUUUAAGCUUGUGUGGUUGAGUUGCUCUGGGUGACCGCUGUUGGGAUGGAAAGAUGAAGCGUGUAACCCCGAAAAGCUGAAAGCUAAUGAAAAGAUGAAGUGUGCAACCAUGA